CGAUCCGAGCAACAAGCAACGAGCUGAGGCUGUGGAACUUACCACCGCCGACGGGGCACGCACAUGGCUGGCGGAGAUCAAGAUCCACUAACGCUAACGCUCCCUUUCCGCCCGAAGCUCUUGAAGCGCCCCUAUUAAUAAAGCCCCCCUGGUCCUGUGCCCCUUACGCGUUUUCUAGGCGAGCCAAGCGGUUCAGCCUGUCAACUCAACUCAUCCCAGCACCUAAAGCAGCCCAGUUUAUUCCAGUCAUCCUGGUCAUCUUCAGCUCUCCACUUAGUCUACCACCUCUUAAACCUCCUCCCAAGUAAACCUGCCCCUCGAGUUGUCGAUACCACAUACUCCAUGCGAUAUAGUCUAGUGUAGUCCUCUUCUAUCUCUGGUUCCUCUGUUACUUGGUUCCCGAUCCUGAUCGAAACGCGAACUCGAUCUGGACAAUUCUCUAAACGUUUCGAGAGUUUACAACCAAGUUUGGUAUAUCGGGCUUACCUGACUCGCUGCAACGAUAAGACGACCUCGGGGGCCAAAGGAUUGGAAAGAAAGACUGAAAAGGACGGUUAUGACUGCAUUUGGGAUUGAUCUACCAUCAGGACUUCUUACUCAUCCCUCGACACUGCCAAAUCUCCUCCCGAGGUCUUUUUUAUGAAAAAAAUAAGCCACCAACAGCAGUAGCAGCAGCAACAGCCACAGCCGUGUAAAUCGAGUACAACGUGAAUGGCUGGUUCUUCAUAAUGUUCCUGCAUUCGGGAGCGAGCCUGCACGGCCAUGAAUAUUCCAAUCGCCCUACUUCUCAACCAGGUCAUCGACGCAAUACCAUCCUACGAUCUGCUUUCGCUACACCUAUAAGUCGAACAUCAUCUUAUCGUACCAGCACCGAUUCUACCUCUGAUGUACCUAAUCCUACGGCUUUACGGCGAGCCACCUUCUCGGCACAGAAUACUCCUAAGUUUUCAGACGCAGUUGUGAGAUUCCAAGAGCCCGAAUGUUACAGUACGCCACCAGCCAAGCCAGAAGCAAUGAGCGAAGACGAAGGCUCGAUUGCUUCCGAUAGCGACGCAAGCCGGGUCUCGUCUUCGGUCCGUCAGACUCGUCGGAGGGUUCCUCGAAAAAGUACAACAUUUAUUCUUGCUCAUCCACCUCCGAAGUUCCGCAGCAAGCAACGUCUAAUUCCUAUUCGUCCUAUGCUACUCCUCCAAAUGCAACUCUUGUCAGCUAAUAGGCGCCCGCGACCCGCUAUUGACGUAUACCCUUCCUCCGCCAUAGCUGGAUCUUUGAUUGCGCCCUUGCUGAAACGGUUCCCCCGGAUUGCUCGCAUAAAGCGUGAGUUGAAUAUCCAAGAUGUAAUGUUAGUCAAGAGCGAAGAUUAUGCGGCGCAAUCUUCCGGGUCGGAAAGUGACGAUGGCGACGCGGACGACAUCAAAUCUCGCGAGCUCUUAGCUAUAUUGAGUCCCGCGAGGACAGAAGAUAAAGCCGAAAUCGUGUUAGCGGAUGGUACAGUAUGGAUCGCUACACCACGCUCCAAUGGCGUCAAUACCUGUUCUUACGAAUUUGUCACCGUUGACCCCAAAGGAAAUACUACUACAGCCCGAUGGGUUCGCAAACAAGUCGCAACUAAAUCAUUGCCGGUCUCGCCGACGCCAGCUGGAUCUACGUCUCCAGCGCCUCCAGCAGCCGCUGACUGCAAAUUUACCUUUAGCAUCAUCGAUCCGAACUGUCGGCGUCAUCCCAUCAUGGCUACGCUGACAAAUUCGUCCCUCGAUAUCCUCGAUACCUAUACUACUGUUUCCCAAUCCGCUAGCCGUUAUCCUCCAACUUCACCGAUGGCAUCCCCAGCUGCAUCCCUUGUCAGCGAAGAGAAUCCCUUCGAGCGAACAACCCAACCAGUCGAGGAUUGGCAAAGGACUUUCAUUACCAUCUCGGCUGUUUGGGUGAUACUUCGCCACGGUUGGUCUCCAAAUUCCAAGGCAGCCGAUUUUGGCCCACUGGGUUGUCUACCUACCACCACAACGGAUAACACAGUGGGUCGUAGUAGGUCACUAAGUGUCAACUCCAAUAUAGAAACAAAGUCUGGAAGUCCCGAGGGCCGAGGACGAAGGAAGUUCUCAGGCGCUUUGCGGAUGAAUGACCAAGGGGUACCAGCUACGACGCCUAGAAGAGCGACGUCUACCGGGUCCUCGUUCAUACUAGGGCGCAAUGCAAGAGAGACGAAGCCGCUGGAUCAACCAAGUGACAGCCCUGAACGAGUGCUGAAGAAGAACAAGCGAGCUUUUAGUGGAGACUGGGGAGCUACCAUAGCGAAUCGAAGCAUAGACAACUCAUUAGCGGCCAUGCUAGAUUCACCGCCAAAAACACCUCAGCCCGAGGCUUCUACAGCAAGAAAUACCUCAUCCUUAGCCCCGCCGCCUUUAUCCAUGAACCGGCGGGCUGUCUCGGCGUAUUAUACAGUCGACCGCACACCGCUCAAAUUUGACAGUUCCGAACUUGAGGAAAGCCCUGAUAUUCAGCGCGACUAUUUCCAAACUACGCCGCAAAAAGGCCAAGAAGGUUCUCAAGACCGAAAGGCAAAGCAUCAGAAGUGGAAGAGUAUGGCAAAUUGGUUUCGGAAGCUGCAAGGGCGGUAGGACUGCCUGUUGUGCUUCUCAUAGGAAGCUUCGAGAUUGUAAUGUU